ACCAAACUGCUGGCAGCAUGCCGUGUUUCUCAUCACUUAACAGCUGACAAUAAAAUUACAUAAAUAUGGUACAUCGUUAGCUCAUUUUUGGACGAAAACAAACGUAAAAAUCUAAAAUUUCUCCCAUUCCAUAUACGUAAUUUCCACCGUGCGAUGGCAACGAACCACAAACCAACACCUCAAUUCAAGGCAAGCUCUGUAAUCCUGGCCGGACUUGGUGUGGCCGCCGUUGGAUUCGCCGGCAAGCACCUGCUGCGCCGCAUGCCCCAGAUGACAACCAAAUUCAACGAGGCGCUCAAGAACAUGCCCAAGUUCGAUGCGGAGAGCAUGGCGGCGUCGAAAUACUACAAGGGCGGCUUCGAUCCCAAAAUGAACAAGCGGGAGGCGGCUCUCAUCCUGGGCGUCAGUCCAAGUGCCACCAAGCAGAAGGUUAAGGACGCGCACAAGAAGAUUAUGCUGCUGAAUCAUCCGGAUCGAGGAGGUUCUCCGUAUUUGGCGGCCAAGAUCAACGAGGCAAAAGACUUCCUCGACAAUGCCAAGUAGUCAUCUUACUUCGCCCUUGAGUGUAAAUAAAGUAGUUUGUGAUUAGUUUAAGCUCAA